GUGUAGACGGGGCACUGCCUGCAGAGCAGGUCCUGCCAACCUCGCUAGAGAGGAUGCCCCCGUGUCCGUGAUGGGCUGUGGGACAAGCAAGGUCCUUCCGGAGCCGCCAAAGGACGUCCAGCUGGAUCUCGUCAAGAAGGUGGAGCCCUUCAGUGGCACUAAGAAGGAUGUGUACAAGCACUUCAUCACAGAGGUGGACAGUGUUGGUGCUCUCAAAGCCGGGUUCCCAGCAGCCAGUCAGGGUGCAAACCCCUGCCCUGGUGCCCCCGUUAGCAGCCACACAGAACCUCCCUCAGAACCACCACGCAGGGCCAGGGUGGCUAAGUACAGGGCUAAGUUUGACCCACGUGUGACGGCCAAGUACGACAUCAAAGCCCUCAUUGGCCGAGGCAGCUUCAGCCGAGUGGUCCGUGUGGAGCACCGGGCAACCCGACAGCCCUAUGCCAUCAAGAUGAUUGAGACCAAGUACCGGGAAGGGCGGGAGGUAUGUGAGUCAGAGCUGCGUGUGCUGCGCCGGGUGCGUCACGCCAACAUCAUCCAGCUGGUGGAGGUGUUUGAGACGCAGGAGCGCGUGUACAUGGUGAUGGAGCUGGCCACCGGUGGAGAGCUCUUUGACCGCAUCAUCGCCAAGGGUUCGUUCACUGAACGUGAUGCCACGCGGGUGCUGCAGAUGGUGCUGGAUGGUGUCCGAUACCUGCACGCACUGGGCAUCACACAUCGAGACCUCAAGCCUGAGAAUCUGCUCUACUACCACCCUGGCACUGACUCCAAGAUCAUCAUCACUGACUUCGGCCUGGCCAGUGCCCGCAAGAAGGGCGACGACUGCCUGAUGAAGACCACUUGCGGCACACCCGAGUACAUUGCACCUGAGGUCCUGGUCCGCAAGCCCUACACCAAUUCAGUUGACAUGUGGGCACUGGGUGUCAUUGCCUACAUCCUGCUCAGUGGCACCAUGCCCUUUGAGGACGACAACCGCACCAGGCUGUACCGGCAAAUCCUCAGGGGCAAGUACAGUUACUCGGGGGAGCCCUGGCCCAGUGUGUCCAAUCUGGCCAAGGACUUCAUUGACCGCCUGCUGACAGUGGACCCCGGCGCCCGCAUGACUGCGCUGCAGGCCCUGAGGCACCCAUGGGUGGUGAGCAUGGCAGCCUCUUCAUCCAUGAAGAAUCUGCACCGCUCCAUCUCCCAGAACCUCCUCAAACGUGCCUCCUCACGCUGCCAGAGCACCAAAUCAGCCCAGUCCACGCGUUCCAGCCGCUCUACACGCUCCAACAAGUCGCGCCGCGUGCGGGAGCGGGAACUGCGGGAGCUCAACCUGCGCUACCAGCAGCAGUACAAUGGCUGAGCCGCGGGGCUGCGGUGCGGACGGGCCGCGGUCCCAGCUGGGCCACGCGUUGCCGGGCCCCUGGGGCCCCAUGCCCUCUCUGGAGAUAGGCCUGUAUGGCCAGUGGCAGGUGAAUGGCCCCCGCCCCUUCCCUGUCCCUUUAGCAGCCCCCAUCCUCAUCCUGGGCCUGAGCCUGGUGUGAGAGUGGAGGGAGCCUAGGGGUCUGUGAGCGCUCUGAACUGGGAGCCUGGCCUGGCACCAGUGCUCUUUUUGGUGGGCAACUGCUCUGCUAGAAGUUGGGGAAGGGGUAGGACAUGGCCUUCAGGCUCCCUCACCCCUUGGCUCUUCCCCAAGACCAAAGAGGCAUGUAGUGCCGGGCAGAGGGUGUCCUGUGGUCCCAGGACUCUUUGGGACAGUUACUUCUGAAACCCUCUUCACUGAACCUUCUCUGGCCCCCCAUAUUCCAUUGCAUCCUGAUCUGUGCCCCAGUGAGAGGCCCAGGGAGGCACAAAGCUUGUGCCUCAGCUGGACUCUCAGCCCCUGGCUAAGUCCAGACAGUCCCCCACCUCCCACCCAAGAUCUGCCUUCCUUCAUGGUGCCUCCAGGGACCCCUCCUGGCCCCAGGACUGGCUAGAACCUCUGAUGGUAGGGCCAUGGCAUGGUCCUUGGCCCUUCUGGACUAUGUGGCCAUGUUGGUAGCAGGCUUGUUCCAGGCUCCAGCCUCUCUCUGCCAGUGAGAGACCUCCUGCCCACCAGCCCACUGCUCUCAGUGCCUUCUUUGCAGAGCCCGCUAUAUACACUUCUCCCCCCACCUUGGAUGCCCAUUCUAUUCCCUGGGUGCCUCCUUCCCAACUGUGGGGGAUUAAAGGGAGCCCCACUGCUGCUACCUGGGGAAUGGGGGCACCAGGGCCAAGGCAGGGGCCAGGGGCUUCCCAGGGAGCGCCCCAUCAAGAUUCCAGUGUCAGCCCUGGUUCCACCCUUGGUACCGCGCAUUGCCCCUUCCCUUCAGGCUCUGCUGUUCCCUCCUCGAAACUGCAUGAGGGCGCCAUCUAGUGUCUGACAUGAGUAUGGGCAGCCUAGGACUGACCACUGCGCUCAUCCUUCAUCCUCUAGAGAAAGUGGGAAGGAGCUGCUGUAGUGAGGAAAGGUCCCCAGGCUGCUCAGCACUCCCCUUCUGCUGAGCUGCUGCGCAGCUCCAGUUGGAACUUAGCCGUACUGUGUGACCUGCCUCUGAACCCUGAGUGCCUGGGGCCCUGGCCUUCUCACAGCUGGCCUUGCCUGGUCCAGCCUGGCCCUGCUUUCUUUCACAGCAUUACCCUUCCAGCUUGGGCUCUGCUGCAUCUCAGGCUGGAGGGAGCCCCUGCAGGAGGUGGGUGGAAUUGGGUGGCUGCUUUCCCAGAGGCCUGAGCCAGACCAUCCCGAUGUCAGUCAUGGUGCCUCCCCUGCACCCCCCACCCCAAACCAGGCUGGAACCCAAGUCCCCUUCCUCCACAGCUGCUUUCAGUGGGUAGGAAGGAGCUGGGGCCCAGCUUUAGCCUUAGCUAGACUGCAGGGCCUCUGCCAGGGAGGGAUUGGCCCUCACUGUUGCUCCCAGUGGGUAGCCUUGGGCCAGGCUCUCCUCUUUCUGCAUGUGCCACCUCCAGUGAGAAACAAAGCCAAAGAGACCACUCUGGGCCAAGCCAGUUGUGCCUUAUACAUCUCCUCCCAUCUCCAGUGCUCCUGGCACAAGGCAGCAGAGAGCCCAAGUCCUGUGGCCUCAGAAUUCCUCCCAUUUCCCCAAGUGCCUCGGGGGCCUGAAGCCCUGGGGAUUUAUUUCCUCUCAUGUCCAAGGUAGGUCUGGUCCUAAGGGUAAGAUAGAGGGCAUUUGGAGAUUGGGCCUUUAUGCCAUGGACCAUGCUGGAGAAUGUGCAGUUAUUUAUUUUGUGUACCCCGGUUGUAAAUGUAUCCUCUGUAUUCAAUAAACAGGCUGCCCUCCCCAGGGAAGGCUCCCCAUCCAUUCUGACA